GGGCUAAAAAAGCUAUGAUGGACCGGACAUAGAUAGGUCCAUGGAAGAUGACGGCGGGUGACGAAGAUUCCGUCAAUGAGGAUGAGGAGGAGGAAGAAGAGGAGGUCUGGGCGUGCCUGGGCCCGGCGGACCUGGAGGCGGACCUCGCGGCGGCGGAGCCGCAGGCCGCGGAGCUGCGGCGCAGCCUGGAGGUGGAUAUUGACUUCUUCACUGCCAGACAUGCCGCAGAUCGGAAGAUGGCAUCAGGGCUGCAGCGGCUCUGCGCGGAGGCGGAGCUGCUUCAGUUCAACCUGGCCUCCAUGGUCGCGAAGGUGGCCCACGGCCCCUUGGCUCCCGGCCCAGCCUCCUGGGGCCCGGGAUCCGACGUCUUCGGCCCCGAGGCCCAGGUGCCGCUUCCCUCACUGUCCCUGGCCGUGCCGGGCGGCUCGGGCCUUGCGGAGUACCUCGAGCGCCUGGCAGCGCUGCCUCGGUGUGUGGCGGUGGCGCGCGACUUGCACUUCGCCGCCUCCAAGCUGGACGUGCGCCAGGACGAGAAGGACAUCAACCGCGACCGCCUGGAGGUGAACGGCGUGGAGGUCUUCGGAGCUCAGGGCGGCUACCAGGCAGCUGUGGCGGCCGUUGUUGGGGCGCUGCGUGCAGGGGAUGCGGCGGCCGGGCUGCCGGCCUGGGGCGAGGAGGCCACCUGCGCGGCGCAGCUCCUGCUGAGCAACUUGAACCGCGCCUCGGGUGGAAGGGACCACCUCCGGCUUUGUGGCCUUCGAGGAGAUCCUGAAGUUGCUGGACAGCCCGGAGGUCGUCAUCUCCCCCGAGAGCGCCAAAGCAAGGCCUUUGGAGGCCGCGCUCACCGGGGGCGUGGCCCUAGCUCGCGCCCACACGCGCUACGCAGUGCACCGCGCGGAGGGCGGGCGCCUGGCGGCCUUUGAUGUCUUCGUGUGCUUCCGGGUGGCUUCCACUGCGCUGCGGCAGCUGGCAGCGGGCGCCGAGCUGCAGGUGCCAGCGCGCGUCUUGAUCUACAGGUCGGAGGCUGAUCCAUGAUGCUGCCU